UGAUCUCGUCCAGAGCCAUGCUGCCACUCUCCUGCCUGUUGCGUCGGGUGAAUCGUCGGCAAUGGCGAGCUGGCUUGCGCUCAGAAUUGACGCGACCGGCGCUCUUCGAGACGAGCGCCGUCGACUGUCUGCCUUGUCUGCCCUUCUGCCUGCCCGGUUGCCCAGCGCUCGACCCAAGAUGGACGAGCUCAGCGUGACACAGUUGGUGUCUCUCAAGGAAACGAUGGAGAAGGCGCACAAGGAGGCACGCUAUACUGAAGUCCUCGACAUUCUCAGUCGCUUGAGAUCUUGGAGCCCUUCUGCCGACUCUCUGAGGCAGACCAAGCUGGGCAUCAGCUUGACGGGGCUCAAGAAGUCUCCUCACGAGUCUAUCAAGCAAGAGUCCAUGCAGAUCGUUCGGACUUGGAAAGAUGCCGUCAAGCCAAAGGGCGGCAGUGCUGCCAAGACAGCGACGCCAGCCGCGGCAAGCACGCCGGGCGAAUCCGCUGCGAGUCCAGAGGCAGCCAAGACAGGUACGCCAGCUGCAACUGUCAAGGAAGAAGCUGCGCCGGCCAAGUCUGCGCGGACAAGCGUGCCCGUGUCAACCGUCAGAAAGAAAUCAGAGACGCCCAUGAAAGUCCUCACUGGCCCGCGGAGCCUCAAGACGGACGGCAUCGAGCUACCCGAACUAGACGAACGACAGCGAGAUAAUGUCGUGAAGCUCUUCUAUGACGCUCUUGCUUCUGACUCUGCUGCCCCGGCCGAUAUGAUCGCCACGAGGGUGAUGGAUGUAGAAGAAGCAGUCUACAAGUUCUACGAGGGAGACACGUCGGGAGACUACCGGCAAAAGACGAGAUCGCUCCUGCUCAACUUCAAAGACAAGAAGAAUCCCGCCUUGCGCGAGGCUGUCGUCUCCGGCGAGCUCAGCGCGAGCAAGCUAGCCAGCAUGAAAGCCUCUGACUUUUCAUCAGAAGAGAGAAAGGCAGAAGACAGAAAGCUGGCCGAACAGAACAUGUUUGCCGCACAGUCUGCUGCGCCCGCCGCCGGACAGGCCAAGACAGACGCAUUCAAGUGUGGCAAGUGUGGCAAGAGAGAGUGCACGUACUAUCAGAUGCAGACUCGCUCGGCUGAUGAACCGAUGACCACAUUUGUCUGCUGCAUCGUCUGCAACAAUCGCUGGAAGUUCUCGUGAGCAUCUAUAUCAGUUGUCGUUGUAAAAAUGUUGUGCAAUCUCCAUCGAGCCGACGUGCGAGACAAAGAC